AACAUCAACUUAGUUUGCUAACUACCGGCAGCCGAGGCACCUUGCGCUUGCCCAUCCUUCCAGGCAUUCCUUCUGCCGGAUAACGCCGCGACGAUCCAACUUCGCCGGCUCACAAUGCCAGCCAGACACGUUAGCUGACCGAAGAGCCCCGGUAUUCUUUCCACAUCACUUGCGGACCGUUCCACAUUUCCAACCCAGCCAUGAAGAUCUCAGGACGGACAUUCGUCGUCUCGGGCGGCGCAUCCGGCCUCGGGCGGGCCUGCGUCCGCGAGAUCUGCGCGGGCGGCGGCAACGCCGCGAUCCUGGACAUGAACGAGGAGCUCGGCUCUACCCUCGCGGGCGAGCUCGGCGCCUCGGCGAAGUUCGUCCCCUGCGACGUGUCAGACACGUCAUCGGUCGCCGCCGCCGUGCAGGCGGCAGUCGCGUGGGCGGCCGAGACGGGCAAGCCGCUGGGGGGGAUCAUCCCGGCGGCCGGGGUGGGCAGCGCGGGGCUGAUCCUGGACAAGCAGCGGCAGCCGCUGGCGCUGGAGGCGGUCGACUUCGUGCUGGCGAUCAACGUGCGCGGGACGCUGGACGUGGUGCGGCAGGCGCUGCCGCACCUUGCGGCGGCGGCGCCCGAGGGCGCGGACGGCGAGCGCGGCGUGGUGGUCAUGGUGGCCAGCGUGGCCGCGUUCGAGGGUCAGAUGGGCCAGGUGGCGUACGCGGCGAGCAAGGGCGCGGUGGCGGCCAUGACGCUGCCGAUGGCGCGGGACCUGUCGCGGUUCGGCAUCCGCGUCGUGACCGUCGCGCCGGGCCCGUUCGACACGGCCAUGACCGCCGUCAUGUCGGACAAGGUGCGCGAGGGGUUGCGGAAGGCCGUGGAGUUCCCCGCGCGCAGCGGGCGGCCCGAGGAGUUUGCGGCCCUGGUGAGGCACGCCAUCGAGAAUGUCAUGCUGAACGGGGUGGUCAUCAGGCUGGAUGGGGCGUCGCGCAUGCCAAGUAAGCUGUAGCGAACUCGGCGGAUUAAACUGUCUUUCUGCUGGUCGUUAGGUGGGGUGGGGGAAUCAGCGCCCUGUUUUGUUUGUUUUCAGU